UUUUCCCGUAGUAUUCUCUAGUAUCCUACGCGCUUGGUAAGACACCCCUGCGUCUGGUGCAGAUAGCUCAGCGCCAAUCCUUUGAUUUAUCGUAAUUUAUCUGCCCGCACAGGCGCCGUCCAAUCAAAGUGCCUGCGGGCAAUGAUUGUCAGCAACUCGAAAUCUUCAACAGCCUGAAGAGGCCUUUAAGAGAUCGCUCGCACUCAGAAACCACAUCGAACAAUCGAUACCCAGACGAUUACCUCAAGAAACAGGAGUCGACAAGGAACUCAAGCAACCGACGGAGCUAUCCGGCCUUUGAAUAUUUCUCUUCAUUAUCACGUCCGGCCUCAUACAUUUCAUUUACAUCGAGCCGUCACAUCCAUCUUCCGACCAUCUUCCGACCAGACUCUUUCUCAACCAACUCACCCACAGUCCACAGAGCAAAGCAGGCUUUCGCUCCCUCAUCCUAUACUUAACCGUACCCACCCCCUUCCCGACCCCUCCCAACUCACCACUCUCGCCCACCAUGUCCUGGAAACUCGGAAAAAGCAAGAAGGGAAACCUUCAGACCGGCGACGAUGCGUCCACUCGCUCCGUCACCCCAACCCCAGAGGACGCGUCUCGCUCGAGAACCGGCAUGCUCACCAUCCGUGUCCUGUGGGCAGAGGACCUCGCCGUUCCCGCUGGCACGUCUUUGCCCGAGGCAGUUCAAACCGCCCUCAAAUCUCAGCAAGCGCAAGUGGCGAGCGCGAUGUCACCCUCAUCGGUCACCCAGAGCCGGCUCGCGACGGCGAGCAAGUCGAAACGGGACAGCGUCCAGCGUACACAGUGCUGGUGGCUUCCGUACCUCGUCAUGGAGUUCGAGGUCAAUCAAAUCCUCAUCAUUCCCCUCGGCGGCGAGCUCCAGAAGCCACUUUACAUGUAUCAGGCCCACUUCGACGUCUCAAGAAAUUCCGAGAUCUCAAUCCAGUCGUACCUCCGCACGGAAGAGCCCCAACGGGGUUCGGAAGGGCAGGACGACAUGGGAAAUGACAUCUUUAUGGGUGGGAUCAAGUUCACCCCGGACUUCGACAGCAUGAGUACACAGGAUCAAUGGUACGACAUCGCGGGAGGCGCAGGGAAGCUUCUCAUUGGCGUAUCCUUCCAACCGAGCACAGGUCAUGCGCUCACCAUCGACGACUUUGAGUUGAUUACGGUUAUCGGGAAGGGCAGCUUCGGGAAGGUGAUGCAGGUCCGGAAGAGGGAUACGCAGCGGAUCUACGCCCUGAAGACGAUCAGGAAAGCUCAUAUCGUCAACCGGAACGAGAUCACGCAUACGCUGGCGGAGCGAUUGGUGUUGGCGAGGGUGAACAACCCCUUCAUCGUUCCUCUCAAGUUCAGCUUCCAGUCGGAACAGAAGCUGUACCUCUGCUUGUCGUUCGUGAACGGUGGAGAGCUGUUCCACCACCUCCAGAAGGAACACCGCUUCACGGAGGACCGGGCGCGUUUCUACAGUGCAGAGCUUCUCCUCGCCCUUGAGCACCUUCAUGAGUUGGACGUUGUCUACCGUGAUCUCAAGCCCGAGAACAUCUUGCUCGACUACAACGGUCACAUAGCGUUGUGCGACUUCGGCCUCUGUAAGCUCAACAUGACGAAGGACGGGACAACGAACACGUUCUGCGGUACACCAGAGUACCUUGCUCCAGAGAUUCUGACUGGGUCGGGAUAUAACCGUACGAUCGACUGGUGGACUCUUGGUGUCCUUCUUUACGAGAUGCUGUCGGGUCUGCCACCGUUCUACGAUGAAUCCACCGACAAGAUGUACGAGAAGAUCCUCCAGAACCCUCUCGUCUUCGGUGACGAGAUCUCUGCUCCCGCACGGUCCAUCCUCACUGGUCUCCUCACCCGCGACCCGACACAGCGCCUCGGCGUUAAUGGAGCGGAGGAGAUCAAGAAGCACCCCUUCUUCGAGAAGAUCGACUGGACGAAGCUCUCGCAGAAGAAGAUCCAACCUCCGUUCAAGCCGAGCGUCUCCAGCCCGGUCGACGUAUCCAACUUCGACACGGUGUUCACCGCGGAGGCGCCUUUGGACUCGGUCGUGGAGGGUUCGCAGCUCUCGUCGACUGUGCAGGCUCAGUUCGCCGGCUUCUCGUACGACGGAAGCAACAUGCCUGUCAGCCCCGUCUAAGGCCGCCCGUCGUAUCCUCCCCGCCUCUGGUCACCGUCUUUAUCCACUACAUAUAAUCUAGCUGCUUUGCUCUCCAUCUGCUAUCCUAUUUUAUCGUAUCUCGUACCAAUAUUUGAUCUCCACAUCAAAUCCAAUCAUUCUUUCAGCCUCCCCUCUGCCCUGUCUCGGCCCGUCCCAACAAUAUCUUCAUCUUUGUCUGAUACCAUACCUCGCUCUCUUUUAUUCCCUUCGCACUCUUUCCCUCGUUCAUACGGCCUGCAAUCUAGGAUACCUCCACACACUCAAGUGACAGGUCCUCUUUCUAUCGUAUCGUAUUUACAUCCGCCCUUUUAGACGUUGUGGCCCAUUUCUUGCUCUGGAGCUCGCGCACAUACACUCCCUUCACGGUGAUACAUUUCCACUUCCACGUCCAUAUUCAUUCACGUCUCGAACCUCCAUCCGAUCCGGCAUCUCUACUCAGAUAUAGGUGCUCCCCUCCAUGCUCGAUCUACUUACGCCUUACCCUAUACUUGACACUUAUUCGUUCGUACACAUCCCCUGUCUUAGGUCGGGGAUGCUACACAC